AUGAUAUCGAAUUCCAAUUACACAUGGGAACAAGUUGUGAUCGCUGUGACAUCAACUUCUGAGGCACUUCGUGAAUUCCCGCCAAAUAUUUAUUGGAUGGAGAAGAUUAAUAAACCUGGGAAGGUAAGCGAAUUUUUCAUCGCUUCGGGUACUAUCGAGCAGGCAGUUAUCGCCUUAGUGGCAAUCCUUGGAAUACGUUUCUAUGCUAAGAUAGCUCGGUUUGUUAUGAUAUUUCCGAAAUUUUGCAUGUUGAUUUGUAUCAUUUAUGCAAUUUCAAAAGUUGGCUUUCAAACUACAUUUGAUUCGAUAGCAGAAGGUUUCUCGCCAGAUCCGCAGAAAUUCCUCGAUUUGAAAAUUUGGGUCACUGCUGCACUUCAGGUUUUUGCGUUGAUUUUCUGUAACGUUGGAAAAUUGCCCCAAUAA